AGCAACUGGGAGAUGUCUAUGGCAGGAAUUGUUGUCAUCUUAGCUUGCUACAUAACUUCUGAGUGAUGGGAAGCACGAGCACCACCACCAAUUAGCCAACACCACUGUGCACACUCCUGUCAUUACUAUGACUAGCAUAGCCAUGUCAGCAAAUUACCAAUCCUAUUUGGUCACUUGUAACGUGAUAUUUGGACAGUAAGUAUUUCAAAACGGAUUUGAUAAACAAAACUGAUUUGAGCAUUAAGGCCUGCAGUGUGAACAAUUCUUUAGAGAGGCGAGUGGUGUGGAUUUCAGGAGUUCUCAAAAUCCUUCAUUUUCUAAUUGGACCAAUUUUACACUUUGAUGAUAUGAUAUUUACAUAUCAACCAGUGAACAAACAGUAGCUCCAGGUUUUCCAGCAGCAGGUUUGGAGGUGUACACAGUGAGAAGUGGAUGUGCUGCCUUUUGUUUACAUUUUACAAGACUCUCUUCCAGGUACGCUGGCAUCACAGGAACCUGUUGACAGAGCCAAUUGGACAAAGGUGCAAUGCAAACAGUCCAGGGGAAAAGACCAGGUUGUUCCACAGUUUGAAAAGGGUUAAUGUGGCUGAGAUGGCAGAUAAAGCUUAUUGUGAACAACACCAGCCUCAGGUUAUACCGCCCCACCCCACCCCUCUCAAUAAAGAGCAGCAGAUGUAGACAAUUACUUCCCCCUGUGACGCAGAGUGAGCUCAGGUCACGGAGUGUGUACAGUAUGUGUGCGUGCGUGCAUGUGUUUGUGAGGGGGCUGUGACUACCCUAUGAAAAAAGGGCAGCCACAAGAGGACUUAAAUAGAGCAACAGAAGGAUGAGAUGACCACUUGUAUCUGAUGUGGAUCUGCAGGAUGUAUCUGAAGGUAAGAGGUCUUGACUCAGGUGGAAUUGGACUUAAGGGAUGCUCAAUACUUUACUAUAGACCUAACUGAAAUUGAUGAAGGAUGAGGCUAAUCAAUUUUCGAAAUGUUAAUUAUAGUUUGUUCUGUAAUCAUUAAAGGUGCAAAUAAUGCAUGGAAUAUGACUCAAAAUCAAUUGAAAUGUUAUCCAUUUGUUUGUUCCCACCAGUUACACAUGGUAACCAUGGGCUAUAUGAUGUGUCAAUAUAGUAAUUUUACCUUGGUUUAACAAGGAAAGUCAGUUAAGAGUUAAUUCUAACUUUCAAUGAGAGCCUAGGAACAGUGGGUUAAUUGCCUGUUCAGGAGUAGAACAACAGAUUCAUACCUUGUCAGCUCAAGGAUUUGAACUUGCACCCUUUCGGUUACUAGUCCACCACUCUAACCACUAGGCUACCCUGCCAUAGGAUGACUGAAGAUAAGAGUAAGCUAUUUCGAUUUCUCUGCAAACCUAAUUUGCAGAAAUUAAUCCAUAAUCACCUCUGUUACUGAAAGACAUCGUGAUUUUCACAGAAGAUUGGUACUGUGUGUACUGAGCCCCAUGCACAUUUGUUCUUGACAAGCAUAUGCUAAAACAAGAUAUGAUCAGUGCGAUCAGACGUUUGUUUAACAUAUGGACCCGUCCUUAUUUACAGUAUGUGAGCACCACGGCAGGCAAGCAGGCUGCACUUUACUUUGAUCAGAACAGAACACAGCAGGCAAGAUUCGGAGAGGGCCCUGGAGGAAGUCUAAUCCUAUUGCUGAGAGAAAAAAAUAAAUCCUCGGAGCCAAAUGUCUCUCCAGAAAUACCAUGCCUGACCAUCCAGAAAGCAGCCACCAGUUCACUCCAUUAGCUACCACAUCCCAGCUUAUUAAGUUGAAACGGAUGGUGCAUGAGUGGUGGCUGCAGGGCAGGGAUAGGUAACGUUGGAGGUAGUACACUCAGAGAGAUGAGACCCCUUCAGGAUCAUUUACGAUUACGGUUUUAUAUUUUCAGAUGAAAAGAGUAUACCUGGAGUAGGUUAUGUGUAGUUAGUUUAGGACUAACUCAAAUGUAGUGGUGUAACGAUAAUGUACAGACACGGUUGUGGGGACAUAUUCUUGUGACUGAAUUGGUAAACAAAUGUUGAUGUUGUCAAAUAUGUUUUAAUAAUCAGCAUAUCUGUUUCUCAUCCGAAAAAGAGAACUGUUCUGUAGCUAUUGUCCCAGGGAACGUGGAGAGCUAUGCCACUAUUCAACCCCUUGGUGUGGGUGCGGGAGUGGCUGCGACAGAGCAGAGGCUCCUCCAGACUGGUGCUGGUGGUCGUGUGUGUUGCCCUGCUACUGGAUAACAUGCUGCUUACUGUUGUCGUGCCCAUCAUCCCAACGUUUUUAUAUGCCCUUGACCACCCGACACAAGACCCCUUCAUCCAGCCAAGCACACAGCGGCCAUCUGAGGAGGGCUUCACAUUGGCCUCAGUCCACUCCUUCUACGACAACACUUCCUACAGCCUCAGAGGCUCUGAGAGCAACCUGUCUGAGGCCCUCCUCUUCAACAUCUCCAGAAACUCCACCCAGGUGAAAGGCAGCACAUGCCAGGAGGACAGUGCCUUCUUGGACAAGGAGAAUGUUCGUGUGGGACUCCUCUUUGCCUCCAAGGCUCUGGUGCAGCUUCUAGUCAACCCCUUCGUGGGUCCCCUGACCAACAGGGUUGGAUAUCACAUACCAAUGUUUGCUGGCUUCAUCAUCAUGUUUGUUUCAACAAUAAUGUUUGCCUUUUCAGGUACAUACGCCUUGUUGUUUUUUGCUCGCUCUCUUCAGGGAAUUGGUUCCUCUUUCUCCUCUGUGGCAGGGCUGGGAAUGUUGGCCAGUGUGUACACAAAUGAUGAGGAGAGAGGCGUAGCCAUGGGGAUCGCUCUGGGUGGAUUGGCCAUGGGAGUCCUCAUUGGAGCGCCAUUUGGCAGUGUGAUGUAUGAAUUUGUGGGGAAGACUGCUCCUUUCUUAAUCUUGGCUUUCCUUGCAGUAUUUGAUGGAGCGUUACAACUUCUUAUACUUCAGCCAUCAAAGAUUUCACCAGGAAGUGUGGAGGGCACUCCUUUGCUGACCCUACUGAAGGACCCCUACAUUCUCAUAAGCGCAGGCUCUCUGUGCUUCGCCAACAUGGGAGUUGCCAUUCUGGAACCCACACUUCCCAUCUGGAUGAUGCAGACCAUGUGCUCUCCCAAAUGGCAGCUUGGUAUGGCUUUCCUACCAGCAAGCAUUUCUUACCUUAUUGGCACCAAUUUAUUUGGUUUGUUGGCUAACAAAAUGGGAAGGUGGCUGUGCUCCAUGCUUGGGAUGUUUAUUGUUGGCAUCAGUCUCCUUUGCGUUCCUUUUGCAAAGAACAUCUAUGGUCUUAUUGGUCCAAAUGCAGGCCUGGGGUUUGCUAUUGGAAUGGUGGACUCCUCUAUGAUGGCCAUAAUGGGAUACCUGGUGGAUAUUCGCCAUGCCUCGGUCUAUGGCAGUGUUUACGCCAUAGCUGAUGUCGCAUUGUGCAUGGGUUUUGCCAUUGGUCCUUCGAUAGGGGGCUCCUUGGUCAGGGCCAUUGGAUUUCCUUACCUCAUGGUAUUCAUUGGCAUCAUCAACAUCUUCUAUGCUCCACUGUGCUUCUUCCUGCGUAAUCCUGCCAUCAGGGAGGAGAAGAUGGCCAUCAUAGACCAGGAAUGCCCUCUGCACAGGAAGAGCUACAACACACAGAAGGAGUGUCGAGAGUUCCCUUUGAGUGACGAGAGCGAGGAGGAAACGGAGGAGUAACAUGCUCCUUUGUCAACCCAACACACACCUUUUUUUUACAGUGAAAGAGCAGAGACAUUGUUCAUAAAGCCUUUGAAUUGACAUGAUGUCUAGAAAAGGCAUUUUGUUAGCACUUAUCGGUAUUCAAAGUUUCCUAAUGACCUCUGACCUUAUUGCUGGAAAUAACAAACAAUGGCACCUGUGUUUUUAAUAUGGUAUGUAUAGGGACAGUAGUUUUAGCAUUUUAUUGUGUGUGUGUGUGUGUGUGUGUGUGUGUGUGUGUGUGUGUGUGUGUGUGUGUGUGUGUGUGUGUGUGUGUGUGUGUGUGUGUGUGUGUGUGUGUGUGUGUGUGUGUGUGUGUGUGCGUGUGCGUGCGUGCUUGCGUAACUCUCUGUCAGAGUUCUGUUAAUAAUUUCGCUUAAUGUACUAAAUAUGAACGUCAAGAUAUGUUCAGUGUAUCCGGAUAACUAAUUGGUUUAGAUCUAGAAUAAUGCUUAUUCCUAGGCCUAUUCCUAAUUGCUGAAUAUAACCUAUCCACGAUCAUGAAAGCGGAUUAUUUAAUUCACAUCGCUCGACAAGAGAACAAUGCUUGUUCAGAGCUCAUAAAAGCUCAGAGAUUUUAGUUCAAAUGCUGUAACGUGUAAUAUCCUCUCUUCUAGUGUGUCUCCCUGCAUCAGCCAAUCGGCUGCUGUCUGGUAUAGUGCAAGAGCUAUCUCGCCUCACCUUUAAUUUCCUCUUUGGCUGGAGCAAGGCUCUGUCUCUGUCCCAAACGGCACCCUAUUUACUAUAUAGUGCACUACUUUGGCCAGAACCCAUAGGGCUCUUGUCUAAAGUAGGGCACUAUAUAGGGAAUAGCCUAGGGUGCCAUUGGGACACAACCUCUGUGUUGGGUUGGUUUACUUCUAACCAAGGAGUGGAAAUUAGGAACACAAAGAGGCAAAGAUGAGAUAAAGAGAGCAAGACUGGCAUCAUUGUGUCUCAAAUGCCUCAAAUCUUUUUGGCCCACAUAAAUAACAUAUUGCCACUACAAGCACAUGUGAUGCGAAGCAAAUUGUCAAAGCCAAAGUAUAUAUUUGAUUGCAUGUUAUAAAUGCUAAAUUAAGUCUUAUUAAAUGUAUCUGGAAAACAAAAUAAAAAGUAAAGUACAAUGGGUCAAGUGGAACAUUCUAGCUUUAUACUGAAUUUUGAAUAAAGGAAAGUUUCACCAGAAGACUCAAGUGAGAGGCUAUUUCAAAAUGGUGGAAGUUUUAUUUGAGACACCACAUUUAAUUUUUUUAAUUUGACCUUUAUUUUAACUAGGCAAGUCAGUUAAGAACAAAUUCAUAUUUUCAAUGACUGCCCAGGAACAGUGUGUUAACUGCCUUGUUCAGGGACAGAGCGACAGUUUUAUUUACUUUGUCAGCUCGGGGAUUCAAUCUUGCAACCUUUCGGUUACCAGUCCAAUGCCACUAGGCUACCUGCCUGUUUAUACUAUUUUUCACAUUAUUUCCUCACUCAAUCAAUAUAUGCAUGUUUUCAUAUUGUGUUUUCCCAUCAAUGAUGGACUUUUCCCCUCCACUGAGGCUGUAAGCUUGGCCAACAGGCAACUCCUAAGCUGUUACUCUGAGAUGACGGAAUAGGAACCGGUUUGGCUUUCCAGAUAAAUGUGUCUGAUAAUUAAACAGAACUGCGUCAUUCAUAGACUGGUACAAGAAUGGAGAUAUCACAUGUGAAGUAACCUAUCCUGGACAUCGUCACUCCCCAAAUGAGUCAAAUCUGUCAUUUUCUUUACUUGUGGUCAAACCAAUAGAACACAAAUAAAAAAAGGCAUUGGGAUAUGAAGAUUUCCAUUAAAUUUACCAGUAGAUGCUAUGAAAGUCAUCAUCAAUUGCAUUGACAC